AUGGAGACUCAGAAGCCUGUUGUUUUCAUAAUGGGAGCAACCGGCACAGGAAAAUCCCGUCUCUCCGUCGACAUCGCGGCCAAAUACUCGGGUGAGAUUAUCAACUCCGACAAGAUGCAAGUCUACAAAGGCCUGGACAUUGUGACCAACAAAAUCACUGAACCAGAACAGAGAGGUGUGCCACAUCAUUUGCUAGGGGAGAUUGAUCCGGAAACUGACUUCUCAGCACAAGACUUCCGUUACCAUGCACUAUCGGCUAUCAAACGGGUGGUGAGGUCGGAUAAACUACCCGUGAUCGUUGGAGGAUCAAACUCGUUCAUCGAAGCACUUGUUGAGGAUCCCUUAUCCAGUUUCCGGGACAAAUACAAAUGCUGUUUCUUAUGGCUCGAUGUUUCUGUACCCGUACUAUGGUCAUAUGUUGAACAACGGGUAGACCAAAUGGUCGAUGCAGGACUAGUUGAUGAAGUUGGAGGCAUUUAUGAUCCAAAGGCCGACUACACAAGAGGCAUACGUAAAUCGAUUGGGGUUCCGGAACUAAAAGAAUAUUUUGAGGCAGAGAAGGAGAUCAGUUCUGAAGAGCUACUUGAAGCUGCAAUUUCCAACAUUAAGUCCAACACAUGCAAACUGAUUGAUCGUCAGUUAUCCAAGAUUUAUCGACUCAAGAAACAAUUGAGGUGGCCGCUCCAUCGGGUGGAUGCAACCACCGUGUUCGAGAAACAAGGCAAGGAAGCAGAAGAUGCAUGGGAACGAGACGUGCUACGACCAUGCUUCCAAAUAGUUGGGGAU